UUGAAGACAAUUUUUGUGAAUAUUUCAGUUUCCUUACGGGAUAAACCACCGGGUAGCAGCUGUAAUUCGCCACCGAAUUACAUAUCAACAAAUCAGUAUUCCGUUUCCUACAAUACAGCCCGGCUUCCGGGCACAUUUCUCGGACUUACAAUUGCUGCUACACCGCAAAGUUUGAACAGUUCGUCACCAUCAUCUCUUUCACCACAACCACCGGUUUCAUCAACACUGCAAAAUUCAUUGGCUCCAAAACGACGUUUAAAAGCUGUUUUUAUCAUCGAUUCGAAAACAACAGAAAUAUUAGUGGCUAAUGACAAUGUAAAACGUGUUUUUGGUCUUCUUCAUCCAUCGUUGAUAGGACGUCGUUUUACGGAUAUUUUUUCUACAAGUCCAAAUCAACAACUACCGGCUAUUCUAUACAACACACUAGUGACACCAGAUGGACAUCUUAAAGAAGUCUAUGGAAAGGCUAUUGAUGCAAUUGAUUCGCAAGGUAAGCAGUGUGCUAUCAGUGCUUGGUCUUAUCCACUAACACAGGCCGCUGCAGAUGCUUCAAAAGGAGGUUUGGAUGGCAAAAAAAAUUCGAUGUUGAUCAGAACAUUAUCGGCAAUCAUUCCGCGAGGACGUCGGAAUUUGGAUUCUGGUCAUGGUAGUCCGGUGGCUCCACCACCACCACCACCGGCGUCGUUAUUUCCAUUACCACCCCCUUCUCGUUCAUCUGUCACUUGUAUCAGCCAUGUGCAAAAAAAAAUAAUGAAUGGUGGAAACGAGAACGAUGACAAUGAUGAUGAUGACGACGAUGAUAAUGAUGACGAUGAUGAUGACGACGAUGCCGGUAAUAAUAUUGCUGCUGUUCUUGCUGUCAGCGUUUAUAAACUCUGGAUUUAG